AUGGACGGAAAUAGUCGCUUCCAACAAAUCUCCAACCUUCUCGGCCAAUCAAGAACUGCGCAAGAGGUUAAACUUCAGUACGACCGACUCGUGUACGACCUUGGUAGGAUUGACGGUGGCCAGGUUGAUUACUUUCCACGACAUUGGUACGAGGAGGAGAAUAAAAAGAUGAAGAAUAGCAGCAAAGGGGCUCAGUGGUCUGAUGAUGAACACAGGUUGUUUAUUAUCGGAGUAGAGAUUUAUGGAAAGGGUGAUUGGAGAAGCAUAUCAAGGUCGGUUGUGUUAACAAGGUCUUCAACGCAGGUAGCUAGCCAUGCCCAAAAGUUCUAUAACAAGAAGAAAUGUCCGAAAGUGACUAAGAGGUCUAGCAUCCAUAACAUUACAACCGUCAAUGUUGAUGAAGCUAACGAUCUAUUCAGAAAAGGGAAACUUUUACCUGAAAUGCUAGACGCGUAUCUACAAAAACUUGGCUUUGGUCCUGACCAACAAGAAGCUCAUACAUCAGAGCCUCUAGAAACACUUGCCUCUGGUCGUGUCCAACAAGAAGCUUAUGUACCGGAGCCUCUAACAACACUUGCCUCUGGUUGUGUCCACCAACAAGAGACUCACACACCGGAGUCUCCAGAGGUUUAUGAGUCUCUAGAGAUGCUUGUCUCAUUGGAUCCUCUAGAAGUACUUGCCUCUAGUUGGGUUCAACAAGAAGCCUAUACAUCAGCAGAGCCAUCAACAAAACGAACAAGAGAAUGA